AUGAAGUGGGGAAAGUAAUAAUUAAGCAUUUGAAUGUUACGUUGUGAUUCACAUUAAUAAUUUUAGUUAAAUAGUGAUUGCUUGUAGAUGAAUAUUACUUUCUGCAGUUGACCGGAUAUCUGUUCUUACAGUUUGAAAAAAUUUUCUCUUUUCGGAUUCUUGGUAUUAAGAAUUAGUAUUGUAUGAUAAACGAUGUAGUGAUGUAGUCUUUUCAGGCUACAUCCUUUUCUUCCAAAGUGCUAUGAGCGAGAGUUUGUUCCUUUGACCAGAUGUGUACAGGGCUACGAAGGGCUUGAAGAAAGUGGAUGUGGUGCAAGAGUGAAGCGGCAAGGUGUACCGAAAUUUGUUAGGAUUUUGCAAGUUCCACUGGGGCUACUAUGUUAUGAAACUUCUUGUUUUAAUAUACAUCCCAUAUAAAGCAUUUGCAUUGUUGAAAAAUCCCUGUUUUAUUUUAGCUAGACACAUUCCUUUUUACCUUUAUUACAUUUUGUCGCAUUUAAUAACGCUGGUACUAUCAGUGUUUCUUAUUUAAUUUUAUUUUUGUUAGUUUACCCUAAUUUUUCUGGUUUCUCUCUUUACCCUGUUUACAUUUAAUCAUUAACUGUUUCUAGCCAACGAUAUUUGGUUUUCUAGGGCUGCAUUUGUACAUUCAGUUAACACUGCUCCCCAUUGGUUUUGACAUCACUAUGAGCAUUUGAUGCCAGUAUUUAUUGUUAUAAUUAUGGAAACUGUAAACAGAAAAUAUGACUUCCUUCUUUAGAUAUGCUAAACACAUUGAAAAUUAGAACAGUUACAUAAAAGAAUGAGAUAAGUGGGAUGAAUUGUGUGGUUUUAUGUAUUUAAAAAAUGUGGGGAAUUAUGAUAGACCAAGAAUGUUUCUGUCAUAAACCUCACCAACUCAGGUCAAAUUUUGAGAAUAAGACUUGAUACAAUUGAUUUUCUUGUUCACAAAUUGAACAGUAUUAUUGUGUACUAAUUAAUAUUUAUUUUCUUUUUCAUGCUUGAACUUCAACACACACAGCGCUUGUUACUUUGGCAUUUGCUGGGUCAAUUGGUAUGACAUUAGUCAUACUGGGAUGCGCCUUACCAGACUACAAAGUUUGGUGGACAUUUUUUGUGGUGCUUUUUUACGUUCUGGCCCCACUGCCAACCCUAAUAGCCCGACGUCAUGCAGAGAAUUCUGGUUCAAGUAGCACAGCUGCAUAUGAAUUUGCUAUAUUUAUAACAAUGGGAUUCGUAGUGUCUUCCUUUGCACUGCCCAUUGUCCUGGCAAGGUCUCCAGAGAGUGCACCAGUGAUAAAAUGGGGAGCUUGCUACCUCACGCUGGCAGGGAAUGUGGUUGUCUACGCGACUUUGCUUGGCUUCUUUAUGACAUUUGAUGCUGAAGAUACAGACUACAGCAUGUGGUGAUUUUCAUGUGAUUAAACUUCUAGUUGAAAUCUGAAAUAUCUUCAGGAA